AUGGACAUUUCUAAUGUAAGUGCUGCUGAGGCUUUUUAUCUGUAUCAACAACUGUAUAGUGUUGUGCUGAAUGAGGGACCGAUAUCAAAGCUAGCUGUUGUGAUGUUAAUGUCUCUGUUCUUUGUGUAUAUGAAUGGUGUCAUGCUGUAUGCUCUUAGAAGCAGGCGUGUAUUCAUAGAAACACCACGCUACAUCCUCUUUGCUCACAUGCUUCUCAAUGACUCGAUUCACCUCAUGUUCACCUCUGUGAUGUACUGUCUUGGGCUGGCCUACCUCCCGUUAGUCACAGCUGCCUGUGCUUUUAUGGUUUUCAUUUCAAGUGCAACUUUUCGUAACACUCCUCUAAACCUGGCUGUGAUGUCACUGGAGCGUUAUGUGGCCAUAUGCUUUCCUCUAAGACACACACAAAUAGCCACUCAGAAAAGGACUUACAUCGCCAUCGUUUUAACCUGGUGUGUUGGCUCCUUAAACUUUAUGAUUGACUUGUUUCUUAGAGCGGUGUUGGACCCUAACUUUUUACGUUCAAAGGUAUUUUGCACAAGGGAGACGCUCUUCAUAAAAGCAUGGCAACUUGAUGUAUUCAAUGCCUUGAAUGUACUUUACUUUGUGUCAGUGACGCUGAUCAUCGUCUUCACUUACAUCACCAUUAUGAUCACAGCCAGGUCUGUGUCCUCUAACACAGAAUCUGCGAAGAAAGCUUACAGGACUGUGCUGCUGCACUUCAUUCAGCUAUGCCUGUGUCUCACUACAUUUCUCUUCAGUGCCAUAGAGCGAGCUGCGGCCAUGCUGGGCAACAGCACUCUCUACUUGGACGUGCGGUACUCGACACUUCUGUUUGUCCUGGUUCUGCCCCGCUGCCUGAGCCCACUCGUCUACGGACUGAGGGACAAGGCCUUGAGACCCUUGUUCAUAUGUUACUUCCGCUGUGGUACUGGCAAAGUCAAGCCAACUGUCGAUGAGCAUUGA